UUGCAUUUCUCAGCCCAACUCCUGACACCAUGGCCUGUUGCUCCACCAGCUUCUGUGGGUUUCCCACUUGCUCCACUGGUGGGACCUGUGGUUCCAACUUUUGCCAGCCAACCUGCUGCCAGACCAGCUGCUGCCAGCCAACUUCCAUCCAGACCAGCUGCUGCCAGCCAACUUGCCUCCAGACCAGUGGCUGUGAGACUGGCUAUGGCAUUGGUGGCAGCAUUGGCUAUGGCCAGGUGGGCAGCAGUGGAGCUGUGAGCAGCCGCACCAGAUGGUGCCGCCCUGACUGCCGCGUGGAGGGCACCAGCCUGCCUCCCUGCUGUGUGGUGAGCUGCACAUCCCCAUCCUGCUGCCAGCUGCACUAUGCCCAGGCCUCCUGCUGCCGCCCAUCCUACUGUGGGCAGUCCUGCUGCCGCCCAGCCUGCUGCUGCCAGCCCAUCUGCACUGAGCCCAUCUGCGAGCCCACCUGCUGUGAGCCCACCUGCUAAAAGCCACACUGCUCAUUUAAAAUUGCCCAGGACACAGUAUCUCUGAACAAUUUAUCGCCUCAACCCACCCAUGGACAGCUAACAAGUUCUUAGUCUCCCGUUUGGGUUUUUGUUAUGGGCGCUACCAAGUAUAUGAGUUCUGUCUGAUUCCAUUCUGCAAUGAAUAUCUUGACUUUCCAUGGCAGAUGCUGCAUACCACCUGCUCAUCAUCAAAUUGCUAUGGUUAUACUAUUUCUGAUUUUCAUGCAAGGUUGAAUAUUGCUGACAUAUUGUGGAAUUUAUCCUUUUGAACUGUCCACAAGCCUAUUUCUCCUGCUUUAUGAUCUUUUUAGCUUCUGUUUGUCCCCAAAUUCUUGCAACAUCAAAGGCACCAGAGUAUAGCUAAGUGACAUCUUCAGAUGUCACCAAUGAGAUUAGAAGCUCUUCACCCAAUGUUCAGCUUCUAAGAAGGAGACUAGACUUUCCCAUAUUUCAGCAUCUGAUUCCAUCCUCCCCUUUGCCUGUUGGCUAUUUCAAUUAUAUCUGUGAUUCAAUGUCUUCUGUCAUUUGUUAUUAAAUGUUACAUACUGGGCAAAGAAA